AUGUCGCUCCUGGUACCUGACUACGCGAGCUCUUCGGAGGACGAGGCAGCCCCCGGCGUGUCUGCUCCCACUCCACCAUGUGCUCCUGCUCUCCGCCCACUUCCUGCUACAAAGACUCUCGACAGUCCCGUGUCCAGCGCUCGAGAAGCCGCGCCAAAGCCCAAGAAGGCGAAAAAGAAGGUCAAAAAGAAGAAAAAGACGACUUUGUACCUGCCACCGGAGAUCCAGCGGCUAUUGGAGACAGGAACUAGCGGCGGUGCCUUGUCCGACGACAGCGAUGACGACAACGAGCUGUUGGCCAAACACAAACGCGCCAAGAAGGCGGCAAACAAGCGCCCAAGACCUUCGGAUACCGAUAAAGACUCUGUCCUGUCCUUCCUGCCGCCGCCCAAGCACGACCUCCCCCAGCCAGAUGCAGUGACCACUGCUAAUGUUGCAGUGGAGGAGAAACAAGCGCAGGAACAGAUGCAGGAGCACGCGCAGCAAGCCGCAGAGACUCAAACAGGCCAGCAGCCAGUGGACGAGGCGACGGCGGCGGCCAAUGCAGCGGCGUGGCAGCAAUACUACCAACAACAGCAAUACCAGGCUAGCUAUGCAGCUUCACAGGAUUAUUCCGUCGCACAAGGAGAGGAAGACGUGCCUGGAGGCAGCUCCAAGCGCAGGAGAACUCGGGAACGAGACAUAGAGAGAGCUCUGCAACAGGGUCACUUUGAGACGGUGGCGGACCAGAUCACGGAGGUGCAGGGCCCAGCGCCUAAUGCUUGGCAGCCACCGGUUGACCCGCUUACGGGAGCUAGCGGAGCCAAGGGAUCCAGUGACCAGGAGAUGAAGCUGAAGGCCAGCUUCUGGAACUCUCAGGCCGGCACGACAGUAUCGUCGAGCAAACCGAGCCGUCUGCAGAGACAGAAACAUCAGCUUAACCAACUGGCGUUCGACGCCAAGGCACGUGACUUUGACCUGCUGGAGAAGCGUGGGGCCUCAUUGAAAACAAAGAGGGAAACGUACGCCAAGUAUGGCUGGUAA